CCCAGGCGAAAAAAUAACAAGGAGCGGGAACGCACGUUGUUUUUAUAAAAAACUAUUAAAGUACUAAAAAGCAAUAUGAAUUUACCUGCUAAACAGGACGUGGAAAAAGAGAAGCUGCGCCAGAUGCACUGCGAGUUCAAUCCUUUGUCCCGCUGUGAUGGUUCUGUGAUGUACAGCCAAGGUGCCACAGUGGUUAUAGCUGCUGUUCUUGGUCCAAUCGAGGUGAAGACCCAAAACCUUAGCAUAGAUGGCAGCUAUCUGGAUUGCAACUACCGCCCGAAAGCGGGUCUUCCUCAGGUGAAGGAACGGAUACGCGAGGCGGCCAUUCGAGAUGUCUUGGAUUUGGCGCUCCUGGCCGAAACUUAUCCGCGUUCCAAGAUGUCUGUUCAGAUCCAGGAGCUGGAGGAUCGUGGCAGCAUCGAUGCGUGUGCCAUAAAUUCCGCAUGUUUUGCCAUGCUUAUUGGUGGCCUGCCCCUAAAAUACAGCUUUGCUGCCGUUCACUGCAUCAUCAAUGAACAGGGCGAGUACGUGCUUGAUCCAGACCAAAGUGAAACACUCCAUCAGCGCGCCAGCUUUACCUUUGCCUUUGAUUCCGUUGACGGAGACCUUCUGCUCGUGCAGACAAAGGGAGCCUUCAAAAUAGCCCAGUUUAACGACAUUGAAUGUCUUUGCCGGGCGGCCAGUGUGGAGAUCUUUCAGUUCUACCGCAGCCAAAUAGCCAAGUAUCAUGGUAGAAGCGAGGCGAUAGCUGACAAAAAGGAGGAGUCCUCUGCAAUGGAAACGUAAUUCUAGGAACAACACAAAACUAGGUACGAUUAAAGUUCGUUUUAUUGUAAAA